CUGCUCUGAGAAUCACAACAAACUACAGUUCAUCUUCCACCGAGUGACUAUUCGCCUGGAUCGUCUUUGUGUUUGUAUCUGAGCCUGUCAGCCUCUCUGGCGGUGUAGUGGACUGAGUUAGGACACCUGGAGCGUGAUGGCAGUGAGCCUGAGUAAAAACGGACCUGCUCUCAUGGCCGCCUACAAAGAGGUGGUGAAUGAAAAGUCGGACACAAACUGGGCUCUGUUCACCUACGAAGGCAACAGUAAUGACAUCCGGCUGGCAGAUAAAGGAGAUGGUGGCUUAGAAGAGUUAGUGGAGGAGCUGAACAGUGGGAAGGUGAUGUAUGCCUUCUGUCGAGUCAAGGACCCCAACUCUGGUCUGUCAAAGUAUGUCCUCAUAAACUGGACAGGUGAAGGUGUGAAGGACUCUCGUAAAGCAGUGUGUGCCAAUCAUUUGGGCUCCAUAGCAUCCUUUCUCAAGGGAGCUCACGUGACCAUCAACGCCCGUGCAGAGGAAGAUGUGGAACCAGAGUCCAUCUUGGCGAAAGUAGCCAAAGCUUCUGGGGCUAGCUUUAACUUUCACAAAGAAUCCCAACGUUACAUAGAACCACCCAAAGGACCUGUGGGCUCCGUGUAUCGAAAAACCAACGCCGUGGAGGAGAUCCAACGGAUCAACAAGGACGACUUCUGGGACAAGACUCAGAGGGACGAAAAGCUGCGUCAACAGGAGGAGAGCAGGAGGGCGGAGCAGGAGAGGCAGAGGCUGGAGCGAGAGAGGAAAGAAAUGGAUGAAAAGCAGGCAAAGGAGAGAGAGAGGAGAGCAAAGGAGAGAGCUCAGCAGAUCGAACAGGAGAAGAUGCUUCAGAAACAGAGAGAGGAGGAGGAGGGGGAGAGAGAAAGGGAGAAACAGCGAAAGAACCAGCAGGAAAAUAUGAACAAGAGGACAGGAAUCAGCUCUGCUGCAUCAGUGCAAAAAGCUAAUGAGGCCAAGUCUCUGAUUUCUCAGAGGACAUUUAAUCCCAGAGACAUGUUCAAACAAAGGGAGCAGAGCAUUGAGACCAUCAACUAUUCUUCUGCUGCCCCCAGACCUGGAAAGCUGCAGAAUCCGUUUCAGGCUCAGAAAUCAUUUGAGAAGAAAGAACCGGAAUAUCCUCAGAGUCCAGCAUCUCCCGCUGCAUCACAGUUUUCCAUGCACUCCCUUCCGAAGGUCCCAGUCUUACCCAUCUUUCCAGUUUCACCUACUGUAGCUGUCUCACCUCCAACACCAGAUUCCACAUCUCCACCGUACCAGCCUAAAGGUUACACUGAGGGGGCAGAGUGGUCAGAUGAGUUUGAUGAUGAUGAAGAUGAAGCCACUGCAGGGAGCAACCCAGUUCAGGCUGAUCUGCGUGAGACUCCAGAUCCAGCUGAGAAUCUCUACGAGAACAUUUAUGAAGCUGAAUCUGGGACUGAAGACCAAGCAGGUGGGAGCGGGAUCUGUGCCAAAGCCAUCUACGAUUACCAGGCUGCGGAUGAAACUGAGAUAACCUUUGACCCCGGUGAUGUCAUAACCCAGAUAGAAAUGAUUGAUGAAGGCUGGUGGAAGGGUUUGGGCCCUCGUGGAAGCCACGGCUUGUUUCCUGCCAACUAUGUAGAGGUUAUUCCAAGCACUUUGUUUGCAGCUGAUGACGACAGUUGGUAAUAUUUGUUUUAACUGUUUAAGAUCACAUAAAUGUAAAAUAUCAAUAAAAAUUCAAUGAAAUUGUUCA